GGAUUGGGCUUCAGGCAGCAUUCCUAGUCAUGGGGGUUUGGCUGCGUUUGCUGGUGUUUGGUGGAGUGUCGCUUCGGGGCUGCGGCGGGGCCUGUGUCCCACUUGGGGGAAGCCGACUACUGAUUUGUCGGCGCCAGUUCUCUGGCGCUGAGAGUGAGACCCUAAAACAAAGAAGAUCACAAAUCAUGUCUCGAGGACUUCCAAAGCAGAAACCGAUAGAAGGUGUUAAACAAGUUAUAGUUGUGGCUUCUGGAAAGGGUGGAGUUGGAAAGUCUACUACAGCAGUGAACCUUGCGCUUGCUCUAGCAGCGAAUGAGUCGUCAAAGGCUGUUGGUUUGUUAGAUGCGGAUGUGUAUGGCCCUUCAAUUCCAAAGAUGAUGAAUCUGAAAGGCAAUCCAGAAUUAUCACAGAGCAACUUAAUGCAGCCUCUUUUGAAUUAUGGUAUUGCUUGUAUGUCCAUGGGCUUCCUGGUUGAAGAGACUGCCCCCCUUGUUUGGAGAGGUCUUAUGGUAAUGUCAGCCAUUGAGAAACUAUUGAGGCAGGUAGAUUGGGGUCAACUGGAUUAUCUGGUUGUUGACAUGCCACCAGGAACUGGAGACGUGCAGUUAUCAGUCUCACAGAAUAUUCCCAUUUCAGGUGCUGUCAUUGUCUCCACGCCUCAGGACAUUGCACUGAUGGAUGCACACAGGGGAGCUGAGAUGUUUCGAAAAGUCCACGUGCCUGUUCUGGGCCUGGUCCAAAAUAUGAGUGUUUUCCAGUGUCCAAAAUGUAAACACAAAACUCAUAUUUUUGGUGCUGAUGGUGCAAGGAGACUAGCACGGACCCUUGAUCUUGAUAUUCUAGGAGACAUCCCCUUACAUCUUAACAUAAGGGAAGCCUCAGAUACAGGCCAGCCGAUUGUGUUUUCACAGCCUGAAAGUGAUGAGUUCACCUCCUUUUCAUAUUACAGAGAUCUAGAGAAGAGGAGUGGUCCCACCGGUGUGCGCAGUGGCAGCCAUAAUACAGAGGAUCUUAACCUGGGUUUGAGAAUUCCCCUGAAGUUAUAUCCAGAAUGUAUGAAUGUGCAUUUUUGUGGGAAAUUGAACAAUAGAUUUACUAGAUUCUCAAAAGGUCUCUGCAUGAAAAGCAAAGCAUUAAUCAGUAUUAGCCUGGGAUUUCAUUACCAAGAAUGCUACUUUAUUUAUCUAUUUUUUUUAAGAAUGCUACUUUCUAAGUGUGACCUUAGAUAAGUUCCCUCAUGUCUCUGAACCUUUCUCUCUGUCUGUAAAUUGAUAUCAUAAUGAGAAGGAUUAAAUGAGAUGAUAAUGUGAAAAUAUUUUAAAAAAUGCCAAGUAGAAUACAGCUAUGAGUAUUUAUAUCUUGUGAAAUGUCCUGUGAAAGUUGUCAUGGUACUAAUUGUCUUUCCUCUGCCCUUCAUCAAAGGGUUGACCCCAUUUAUGCCCUUCCCCUUACAUAGCUUCAGGUAAAUGUCACUCUUUGGUGACAUCUAAAAAUCAGCAGAAUUUGAAUCAUAAGAUGAGGAUAGAGUUCUCAGCCUCAGCAUUAAAGAUUUUAUUAGGACAUUAGGAAUUCCUAGACAUUAGGAAACUGUUGUUGAGUCCUGGAAUCAGGAUCCUUCUGAUGACUUUUAUGGUGAAUCUUACCUUCUGAUAAUCCCCUUCCGUUUCUCCCUGUGAACUUAAGUGGAAAUCUGCUGUCAGAAAUCUGCUCUCAGAAGCUGGUCACAGCCAUCUCAACAGAUUCUGCCAUAUGCAUGGAAGCUUAGUGCCCAUUCUACCUGAAUGUCUUCAUUUAAAGAAUGAAGGAAGUGUUUACUUGCAAAUGUGAUAAACUUCUAUAAAAAUUAAUGGGAUGGAAUAUGUCAAAUUAUUUGUUAAUUGUUAGCCCUUUAGAUUGACACCUUUCAUUGUUAGCUUUUAGGAGUUUGCUACAGGUAAAUUUAUUAAUAAAUGAAAGUUUCAUCUUUAGCUUUUUGUCUUCUUUCUAAUUUCUCCUUCUUUUGUCCAUCUUUAAUUAGUCCCUCCUCUCAGCACCAGGUUCCAGGGCUCUCAUUCUCUGUCCAUAAAAUCUUCUAAAAUUAGGCAUUAGGAAUUUAACUCUUCCAGUAAUAUUUUAAAACAUAAUGAUUAAUUGAAAGGUGUGGAAUGUGUUGAAUUUGAGGCAUCAUUGGAAAAGUUGGGAGGGGCUACAGUACCAGUUAAAAAGCUCCAACUGGCUACUACCUAUUCAACCAAAAGUCAGAACCAUCUGCAUAUGUGCACCAUGGGCUUCCCUGGUGCCUCAGACGGUAAAGCGUCUGCCUGCAAUGUGGGAGACCCAA